UCAAACGCUGUGACACAUCAUACAUACAUCAAACACACACACACACACACACCGAGAAAACCUUUUAAAACUCCAGCUUACUCCAGGCGAUAACUGGAACUCCGACCGUGUUUAAGUUUACAGAUGACGGCAGUAAAAUGAAGUCAUUAUCAUUAUUACUUUAUAUCACCUCAGGUGUGCUGGUGUGUCCUGAAUCAGGCAGUGUGGAGAGCUCUGCUGCACACAGGUGCUUCUGCAAAGUCACUGGAACUCUGGACGAUUGUGCCUGCGAUGUGGAAACAAUCGAUACCUUCAACAACAGGAAGCUUUUCCCCCAACUUCAGAAACUCCUAUCGUCUGAUUACUUCAGGUUCUAUAAGGUGAAUCUAAACAACCCGUGUCCAUUCUGGACGGACAGCGGCCACUGUGGUCUCAGAGACUGCGCCGUAAAGCCAUGCAAACCUAAUGAAGUACCUGAAGGGCUGAAAUCCAGCAGCUACAAGUAUUCAUUCGAAGCCAGCCAGCACACAAAGGAGUGUGAAAUGGCAGAGAAACUCGGCGCUGUCAACAGCUCUUUAAGUGAUGAAACCCGGCAGGCUCUGGACGACUGGAACCGGCACGAUGACGAGGCCGACCGUUUCUGCAUGCACGAUGAUGAAGACUCUCCGGAUUCGCAGUACGUUGAUCUCCUCCUGAACCCUGAGCGAUACACUGGAUAUAAGGGUCCAGAGGCCUGGCAGAUCUGGAACAGUAUAUAUGAGGAGAACUGUUUCAAACCGUAUACUGUUAAACGACCACUGAACCCUCUGGUCUCGAGCAAUGGAGACAGUGAAGGGGGAUUUUACAAGUGGCUGGAAGGUCUGUGUGUGGAGAAAAGAGCUUUCUUCAGGCUCGUCUCUGGACUGCAUGCUAGCAUAAAUGUUCACCUGAGUGCCAGGUACCUGCUGGAUGAUAACUGGUUUGAGAGGAUAUGGGGUCCCAACGUUACCGAGUUCCAGCUGAGAUUUGAUGAAGAACUGACGAAAGGAGAAGGACCCAAGCGUCUGAGGAAUCUCUACUUCAUUUAUCUGAUCGAGCUCCGUGCCCUGGCUAAAGUCCUGCCUUUCUUUGAACGUCCCUCCAUCCAUCUGUACACGGGAGAUCCAAAACAAGACAAGCAGAUUAAAGACCUGCUCCUAGAGCUCCUCCAUAUGGCCAAGUCUUUCCCAUUGCACUUUGAUGAAACCACUCUGUUUGCAGGCGAUAAGAAGGAAGCAGCAAAACUGAAAGAAGACCUCAGGCUGACCUUUAAGAACAUCUCCAGGAUCAUGGACUGCGUAGGAUGCUUCAAGUGUAGACUGUGGGGCAAACUGCAGACCCAGGGUUUAGGUACAGUUCUGAAGAUCCUGUUCUCCGAGAAGCAAAUCGAAACACUUCCCCAGUCCAGUAACGCUAAACCGUCCUUCCAGUUGAGUCGGCAGGAGAUCGUUUCCCUCUUCAAUGCUUUCGGGAGAAUUUCAACAAGUAUUCGAGAACUGGAAAAUUUCCGGGAGCUGCUAUCUGACCUCAAGCAAUGAAAGCUCCUUGACGUGCGUGAACAGCCAGCUACUGUAUCUGUCAACCAAGACAUGUUUGAAAAUGCAAGUUUGCUUCUUCGGGGUUUCACAGGAGUAAGAAGGAGAUCAUAGCUAGCAGUUAAGCCAGUCAUGUAUACCUUAUUAUUCAUAAAUAUGGACAGAACAAUGUUGCAGAACUAAAAACAGUGUGACAUUUUGAAGCUGAAUCACGUUCUUUCUCAGCAUGCAGUCUGGUGUGGCUUGGCGCUAAUUGUUUAGGUGUGAUGCUUUAAGCAGUCAAACUGUUAGCUUAUAAACUCUCUUUAUAAGGUCUGUUGGUAGAGAAGAAAACUUCAACCACCAAACAUGUCUUCGUUAACAGGUUAUAAUUGAAAAAAAAGGAAAAAUAUAUCAUUUUUGCCAAACAGUUUAUUUAGCCGUGACUCAGGAAGUGUGGUUUAAAAUAAUGAGAAACUUUACAGUUGAAGGAGAAAGUCUCAGUGAGUUCUGUAAAAGUUACACGUCCAGAUGAGUUUUUGCUAAAAGAGAUACCCCUAAACAAACUGAGCACUUUAACCACUGAGGAAUAAAAUGUAUAUAUUUAGCACAAUUUGCACUAUUAUCUAUGGAAUGUAUUUCACAAAAAAAAGAAAAAAGGUUAUAGGUUAAAAUGUUUGAUGACUACCCCCAGAUAGGAUUUUUUUUGCUCAGGGAUAUAAAACUCCAUAUUUUGAAAUCAAUCAGGAAAAAAUUAAUUAUUGUUCUUGUCGAGUCAGGUACUACUGACGAAUAAAGAUAAUUAGUAGGUGAUCUUUCUAAUAUAAACUAUUGUUCAGUCUAUUGAUUAGUGCACCAUUUUUGUAUCACAAUUUUAAGUCAUGUCCAUUGAGUUGUACAUUAAAAAAAGAUACAUUAUUUGUAGCCAAAAAAGUAAAACAUCAAAACAAGUAAAUAAUAAAUACAUUUACAUACACUGUUCAUGAUAAAAUGAUGUGAGAAAACUGUAUUGUGAUUUUUUUUAUGUGAUAGUAAUAUAUUGUUAUAUCACCUGCAAUUCAGUGCAAAUUGUUUGGUUAUUCUUCCACAGAUUGACAAACACCUUGUAAAUGUGUUCCUUCAUUAAUAAAUU